AUGGACCGAGACGCAAUCCUCGCCGCUUCGAAAAAGCACGAUAUAGUCCCUGGAAGAGUGUACAAAUAUGGUACUGCAGGCUUUCGUAUGAAUGCCGACCUUCUAGAUGGCGUCACCUUCAGAGUUGGACUCUUGUCUGCCCUUCGGAGUCGUAAACUCAACGGCCAAACGAUCGGCGUAAUGAUCACCGCUAGUCACAAUCCUGCUGUGGAUAACGGUGUCAAGAUUGUUGAUCCCAUGGGAGAUAUGCUUGAGCAAGAGUGGGAAGUACAUGCCACGAACCUCGUCAACGCCCCAAGCCACGAAGAGCUUGUCGAUUACUUCUACAAGUUAGCCGACUCCCUCAAGAUCGACCUGACCUCCUCCGGUAAGGUCAUUGCCGGUCGAGACACUCGCCCUUCGGGAAAGACACUCGUUACAGCCCUUGCCGAUUCUCUAGCUGCUACGAAUACCGCCUACACCGACUUCAAGAUCCUCACGACCCCUCAGCUCCACUAUCUAACCCGUUGUAUCAACACUGCCGGAACCCCUGGCUCAUAUGGUGAGGUCAGCGAGACCGGGUACUACAAGAAACUUGUCGAAGCCUUCUAUCGCGCACUCCGCGGACGACGGGUCUCUGGGAAGCUAUCUGUCGACUGUGCCAAUGGUGUUGGUGGUCCGAAGCUUAGUGAGCUCCUCAAGCAUCACGAUUCUUCGAAGACAGGCCUGGAGGUUAGGGUUGCCAACGAUGAUGUCCUGCGUCCGGAAGUCUUGAACCUGGACUGCGGUGCCGACUUCGUCAAGACUAGACAGCGAGCACCGGCAACCCCCAAGCCCGCUCCUGGCGAGAGGUGGUGCUCUCUAGACGGUGAUGCGGACCGCCUCAUGUAUUAUUGGAUCGACCCGGAUACUGGUUUCUUCAUGCUUGACGGAGAUCGCAUUGCGACGUUGGCUGCAUCGUUCAUUGCAGACCUUAUCCGCACUGCUGGCUUAGAGGGUCAGCUUCGUAUCGGUCUAGUCCAGACCGCUUACGCUAACGGAUCAAGCACAAAGUAUGUCGAGCAACAUCUACAGAUUCCUGUCAUCUGCACGCCUACAGGUGUCAAGCACCUUCACCACGCCGCUUGCUCGUAUGAUAUUGGCGUAUAUUUCGAAGCAAACGGUCACGGCACUGUCCUCUUCUCUCAAGACGCCCUACAAGUGUUCAAGGCCAAGGAACCCCAGUCGCCCGCACAAAAGGACGCUCUCGAGACUCUCAGCGCCCUUGGAGAUCUCAUCAACCAGACAGUUGGAGAUGCGAUAUCGGAUAUGCUCAUGGUGGAGGUUAUCUUGGCACACAAGGGGUGGUCGCUAAGAGACUGGGCCAUGACGUACCAGGAUCUUCCUAACCGUCUCGUCCGCGUCGAAGUUGGCAACAAGGACCUCUUCCGAACAACAGAUGCAGAGCGAAAACUCAGCCACCCGGAACAUUGCCAGGACGAAAUCGACAAGGUUGUGAAGAAGUAUACCAACGCCCGCUCCUUCGCCAGGGCCAGCGGGACAGAAAAUGCAUGCAGAGUGUACGCGGAGGCGGCUACGAGAUCCGAGGCCGACGAGCUCGCGAACAAGGUCGCCGCUAUAGUGAAGGCAUACGGAGGCUAG